AUAUAUAUAUAUACAGACGGCUGCAGUACGGUUUUUAUGAGAAAUUUGAAGACUAGACGAAGUAUACGCACGCCACCUUCGCCACGCUAACUGCCUCCAAUUGGAUGGAGGCAAAAGAGGAGGACAAAGGAGACCUGUGGUACAGGUCAACUUCCAAAUUCUUUCGAGAAAAUUCUUUCUAGAAAUGGUCAGUCCGUGUAUACAAGUCCAUGAGUUAGGAACCACGUAAAGCCACGCCGUCGAAAAAUUUUAGUAAUCGUUCUAUUUCGAUCCAUCGACCUAUCGACGGGAAAGAUAUUUUUAGAAUAGAGUGUAUCAUAAUAGAUAAAGUACCGCAAAGUACUUUGUUUAAUAACGCGCCACACGAUCAUUAAUUCUCGAGAAAAACUGGAUACGCGCCAUAGAACGUUUCAAACCUAUUCGCGAUAAUAUAUUCGGUAACGGACACUUGUAGCUCGCUGUAUAUUCAGUUACGCUUCACACCGUCAACAAUUCCCAGGACACUUAGAGAGAGACACGUGUAACCUUUGUUAGUAUUCUUCAAGCAAUCGCCGAGUGCACAUCCAUACCGAAGUCACAUGCACACGGAAGUUUAUUACUUCGAAUAAGGCAUUUCGUUGCGUCAUUUCUAAAAUAAUAUUACAAAUACAGUGCACGUAAAAGUCGACCAAACGGACAUAUCGAUAUGGACGUAGCAAAUAUGACUGUAUAUACGGAUUUUGGGACACUCGAACCUUAUCAGUAUAAUAGUUUCUUCCACCCGAACCUUUGCCACGUGUGCAAGUUGCGAAAUAAUGGCAAUUUGAUAGAAUGUAAUCAGUGUCGCUUGAUAUCCUACUGCAGCGAGGAGCAUAGAUUGUUGCACGAAUCCGAACACUCAAGAAUAUGCGCUGACGCAACGUACGCAGUGGAUAUUGCAGAUGCAAAGAACUACUUAUAAUACUCAACAUGAAUCUCUUACAUAUGAAACACCCUAUAUUGCCAGGUAGAAUAGAAUUCUCUACGUUUAAAGUUCAUAAUGGAUUAUUUAAUAUUUGCCACACGUCUUCAUUUAUCUUCGGGCAGCAUUUGAUAAUUACAUCAGAUGAUCCAUUUAUUCGGACUUGUACGCAAUGCGUCUAUUCCGAAUAUGUGUCAGGACCGUUGACAUUUCAUGAUGGAUUGCAACUAGUGCAUUUAUCAAAUCUUCUACAAGGAGACAUCUGCAUUCAUGUCAUAGCCGCAGAGACCAUAGAUGUAGAGAGUUUGUUAGCUUGGGAACUUUUGUUGCAUCUUUACCCUGCUAUAGGAAAACUAACCAUUAUACUGAUCGGGCCGGAAAUAAAGCACUUAUGUUCUGACCACAACGUUUGUUCCACCUGUGUACUUAAUGAACGAUGUUAUAAUUAUAAAUGUUAUUCGAUGUUGUAUGAUAAAUAUGUGAGAAGUCCGUAUUACAUAGAACCAACUGCGAUUGUAGGAUUUCAAGUAGAGUUCUGUAAUUUUAGAAAAACAUGGUACAAAACUAUAAAAGUACUUUCACGUCAGAUUUGUCCGAUACUUUUAACAGCUAAAUCUCAAUAUGAAGCGAGAAGGGACAUACGUGAGAUUGAAGAUGUUUUAGAAACUUCGGUACCACCUGAUUAUUAUUGUACAAAUGAUUUCAAAUCUUUUAAACCAUACUGGGACGUUAAGACUGAUACUGUGUGUUACCGCAAUACAGUAUUAUAUAUCUAUAAGACCUUGUUACCUUAUAGUGCAAAUAAUUCGGAUUAAUUAAUAAUUAAUUAAUAAUCCGUUGAUAUAUGUAGUUUUAUCAUCCAUUUAGUAAUAUGGAAGUAAAUAAAACUACACAAAAUAGGAAACUUGUAUAAA